CAUCCGGCGCGGGAGUCCUGAGCCCGCGCGCGCUCCCCCGCCUGCCUGCCGGCUCUCCCCGCAGCGUGAUCGGGCGCCGCCGCGGAGGGGAGGGGGGUUCUCUACGUCGCUGGCGGCGGGGGGCCGUUUCGGAGUGCAGACCGCCCCCCUCCCCUGCCCACCUCCCGCCGCCCUCCCUUGUUCUCGCCCUGCCGGCUGCACGCCGCCGCCGCCGCCGCCGCGGGCGCGGAGGAGGAGGAGAGCGCGGACGUCCCAGGGCCGGCCCGGCCCCGCCGCGGCGCCUCCUUCCCUCACCCUGAGCCGCAGCGCGCGGCGCCGGCCGAGGGCGAUGGGGCUGGGCUGAGGCGAGGCGGCGGCGGCAACAGCGGCGGCCGGGUUCCCCGCGGCCCCUGGGGCUGGUCCGGCCGCGAGGGAGGCCGCGGAGGAGGCGGCGCGGCGGCGGCCGAUCUGACAGACAUCCCUGAAUCUUGGUGUUUGGACAUAGGAGACGGCAUCUUGCUCUGUUGCCCAGGCUGGAGUGCAGUGGUGUGAACUCGGCUCACUGUAACCUCUGCCUCCUGAGUUUCAGCGAUUCUUCUGCCGCAGCCUCCUAAGUAGCUGGGAUUUCAGUGAUCUUCCAUUGUUUUGAAACACAAGACCUUUAGACCACUGUAGGUAUGGACAAGGAAGAAAGGAAGAUCAUCAAUCAGGGUCAAGAAGAUGAAAUGGAGAUUUAUGGUUACAAUUUGAGUCGCUGGAAGCUUGCCAUAGUUUCUUUAGGAGUGAUUUGCUCUGGUGGGUUUCUUCUCCUCCUCCUCUAUUGGAUGCCUGAGUGGCGAGUGAAAGCGACCUGUGUCAGAGCUGCAAUUAAAGACUGUGAAGUAGUGCUGCUGAGGACUACUGAUGAAUUCAAAAUGUGGUUUUGUGCAAAAAUUCGCGUUCUUUCUUUGGAAACUUACCCAGUUUCAAGUCCAAAAUCUAUGUCUAAUAAGCUUUCAAAUGGCCAUGCAGUUUGUUUAAUUGAGAAUCCCACUGAGGAAAAUAGGCACAGGAUCAGUAAAUAUUCACAGACUGAAUCACAACAGAUUCGUUAUUUCACCCACCAUAGUGUAAAAUAUUUCUGGAAUGAUACCAUUCACAAUUUUGAUUUCUUAAAGGGACUGGAUGAAGGUGUUUCUUGUACGUCAAUUUAUGAAAAGCAUAGUGCAGGACUGACAAAGGGGAUGCAUGCCUACAGAAAACUGCUUUAUGGAGUAAAUGAAAUUGCUGUAAAAGUGCCUUCUGUUUUUAAGCUUCUAAUUAAAGAGGUUCUCAACCCAUUUUACAUUUUCCAGCUGUUCAGUGUUAUACUGUGGAGCACUGAUGAAUACUAUUACUAUGCUUUAGCUAUUGUGGUUAUGUCCAUAGUAUCAAUUGUAAGCUCACUAUAUUCCAUUAGAAAGCAAUAUGUUAUGUUGCAUGACAUGGUGGCAACUCAUAGUACCGUAAGAGUUUCAGUUUGUAGAGUAAAUGAAGAAAUAGAAGAAAUCUUUUCUACCGACCUUGUGCCAGGAGAUGUCAUGGUCAUUCCAUUAAAUGGGACAAUAAUGCCUUGUGAUGCUGUACUUAUUAAUGGUACCUGCAUUGUAAAUGAAAGCAUGUUAACAGGAGAAAGCGUUCCAGUGACAAAGACUAAUUUGCCAAAUCCUUCUGUGGAUGUGAAAGGAAUAGGAGAUGAAUUAUAUAAUCCAGAAACACAUAAACGACAUACUUUGUUUUGUGGGACAACUGUUAUUCAGACUCGUUUCUACACUGGAGAACUCGUCAAAGCCAUAGUUGUUAGAACAGGAUUUAGUACUUCCAAAGGACAGCUUGUUCGUUCCAUAUUGUAUCCCAAACCAACUGAUUUUAAACUCUACAGAGAUGCCUACUUGUUUCUACUAUGUCUUGUGGCAGUUGCUGGCAUUGGGUUUAUCUACACUAUUAUUAAUAGCAUUUUAAAUGAGGUACAAGUUGGGGUCAUAAUUAUCGAGUCUCUUGAUAUUAUCACAAUUACUGUGCCCCCUGCACUUCCUGCUGCAAUGACUGCUGGUAUUGUGUAUGCUCAGAGAAGACUGAAAAAAAUCGGUAUUUUCUGUAUCAGUCCUCAAAGAAUAAAUAUUUGUGGACAGCUCAAUCUUGUUUGCUUUGACAAGACUGGAACUCUAACUGAAGAUGGUUUAGAUCUUUGGGGGAUUCAACGAGUGGAAAAUGCACGAUUUCUUUCACCAGAAGAAAAUGUGUGCAAUGAGAUGUUGGUAAAAUCCCAGUUUGUUGCUUGUAUGGCUACUUGUCAUUCACUUACAAAAAUUGAAGGAGUGCUCUCUGGUGAUCCACUUGAUCUGAAAAUGUUUGAGGCUAUUGGAUGGAUUCUGGAAGAAGCAACCGAAGAAGAAACAGCACUUCAUAAUCGAAUUAUGCCCACAGUGGUUCGUCCUCCCAAACAACUGCUUCCUGAAUCUACCCCUGCAGGAAACCAAGAAAUGGAGCUGUUUGAACUUCCAGCUAUUUAUGAAAUAGGAAUUGUUCGCCAGUUCCCAUUUUCUUCUGCUUUGCAACGUAUGAGUGUGGUUGCAAGGGUGCUGGGGGAUAAGAAAAUGGAUGCCUACAUGAAAGGAGCACCCGAGGUCAUUGCCAGUCUUUGUAAACCUGAAACAGUUCCUGUCGAUUUUCAAAACGUUUUGGAAGACUUCACUAAACAGGGCUUCCGUGUGAUUGCUCUUGCACACAGAAAAUUGGAGUCAAAACUGACGUGGCAUAAAGUACAGAAUAUUAGCAGAGAUGCAAUUGAGAACAACAUGGAUUUUAUGGGAUUAAUUAUAAUGCAGAACAAAUUAAAGCAAGAAACCCCUGCAGUACUUGAAGAUUUGCAUAAAGCCAACAUUCGCACCGUCAUGGUCACAGGUGACAGUAUGUUGACUGCUGUCUCUGUGGCCAGAGACUGUGGAAUGAUUCUACCUCAGGAUAAAGUGAUUAUUGCCGAAGCGUUACCUCCAAAGGAUGGGAAAGUUGCCAAAAUAAAUUGGCAUUAUGCAGACUCCCUCACGCAGUGCAGUCAUCCAUCAGCAAUUGACCCAGAGGCUAUUCCGGUUAAAUUGGUCCAUGAUAGCUUAGACGAUCUUCAAAUGACUCGUUAUCAUUUUGCAAUGAAUGGAAAAUCAUUUUCAGUGAUACUGGAGCAUUUUCAAGACCUUGUUCCUAAGCUGAUGUUGCAUGGCACCGUGUUUGCCCGUAUGGCACCUGAUCAGAAGACACAGUUGAUAGAAGCAUUGCAAAAUGUUGAUUAUUUUGUUGGGAUGUGUGGUGAUGGCGCAAAUGAUUGUGGUGCUUUGAAGAGGGCACACGGAGGCAUUUCCUUAUCGGAGCUCGAAGCUUCAGUGGCAUCUCCCUUUACCUCUAAAACUCCUAGUAUUUCCUGUGUGCCAAACCUUAUCAGGGAAGGCCGUGCUGCUUUAAUAACUUCCUUCUGUGUGUUUAAAUUCAUGGCAUUGUACAGCAUUAUCCAGUACUUCAGUGUUACUCUGCUGUAUUCUAUCUUAAGUAACCUAGGAGACUUCCAGUUUCUCUUCAUUGAUCUGGCAAUCAUUUUGGUAGUGGUAUUUACAAUGAGUUUAAAUCCUGCCUGGAAGGAACUUGUGGCACAAAGACCACCUUCGGGUCUUAUAUCUGGGGCCCUUCUCUUCUCCGUUUUGUCUCAGAUUAUCAUCUGCAUUGGAUUUCAAUCUUUGGGUUUUUUUUGGGUCAAGCAGCAACCUUGGUAUGAAGUGUGGCAUCCAAAAUCAGAUGCUUGUAAUACAACAGGAAGCCAGUUUUGGAAUUUUUCACACGUAGACAAUGAAACCGAACUUGAUGAACAUAAUAUACAAAAUUAUGAAAAUACCACAGUGUUUUUUAUUUCCAGUUUUCAGUACCUCAUAGUGGCAAUUGCCUUUUCAAAAGGAAAACCCUUCAGGCAACCUUGCUACAAAAAUUAUUUUUUUGUUUUUUCUGUGAUUUUUUUAUAUAUUUUUAUAUUAUUCAUCAUGUUGUAUCCAGUUGCCUCUGUUGACCAGGUUCUUCAGAUAGUGUGUGUACCAUAUCAGUGGCGUGUAACUAUGCUCAUCAUUGUUCUUGUCAAUGCCUUUGUGUCUAUCACAGUGGAGAACUUCUUCCUUGACAUGGUCCUUUGGAAAGUUGUGUUCAAUCGAGACAAACAAGGAGAGUAUCGGUUCAGCACCACACAGCCACCGCAGGAGUCAGUGGAUCGGUGGGGAAAAUGCUGCUUACCCUGGGCCCUGGGCUGUAGAAAGAAGAUACCAAAGGCAAAGUACAUGUAUCUGGCGCAGGAGCUCUUGGUUGAUCCAGAAUGGCCACCAAAACCUCAGACAACUACAGAAGCUAAAGCUUUAGUUAAGGAGAAUGGAUCAUGUCAAAUCAUCACCAUAACAUAGCAGUGAAUCAGUCUCAGCGGUAUUGCUGAUAGCAGUAUUCAGGAAUAUGUGAUUUUAGGAGUUUCUGAUCCUGUGUGUCAGAAUGGCACUAUUUCAGUUUAUGUCCCUUCUGAUAUAGUAGCUUAUUUGACAGCUUUGCUCUUCCUUAAAAUAAAAACAGAAAAAGAUAUCGUCCUAACAGUUAAAUUAACAAUCAAUCCAUUAAGUCCUGUAUCUUCAUUCAGUAACCCAAAUAUUACAUACAUUUCCAGAAUUUUCUUGAUGGUUACUCUCAGUGAUAUUCUUUAUAUUGGGUACAGGAGAAGUUUGGUGUUUGGUAGGUUUUUCAACAUUAGUUUUUGAGACCAGUUUACCUCUUCACAUUUAUGCUCACAACCCCCUUGUUAGAAAAGUCUGUGUUUAUAUACAGGCUCUAAGUUUGUGAUUGAUAAAAAGAAAAUGAGUGUUAAUUAGCCUCCAGUGAAAAUAUACUGAAAGCCUGUUUUCAUUUGAUUCCAGUAUUUCUUCCAAAGAAUUCUGUAUAAACAUAUGCCAAUUCCCUAUGAUGGUCUGCAGUUAGGAAUGAGUGUUUAUGGUGUUGCUUAUAGAACAACUCAGGUAAUCUCCAUUUCUGGUUUUAUAUUUUCUGUACAAACUGCCUGGGUUUUAUUUUUCUAAUCAGCAAGGUGCUUCACUGCCUUCUUGAGAUGCCUCUCAAAGCUCUUAAAUGGCUCCUGUGCUAUGUGUGGUGUCAGUAGUCUAAUUUGCUUCUGUAAAAUGUUGUAGAACCUUUUUCACUAGGAAAUAAGAUUCAUUGCUUUUGGCAGUAGAUGUAGAUUCAUCUUUUAACAUUUCUUCAAAUUUGUUUCUGUCAGGCUUUGUGUUAUUUUAAAUAGUUUUUAAAAAUUUUCUUCUGUGUUUUCAAUUACCUAAAGACAUAGGAUAAUAGUUUUUUUAAGUUAGAAUUUUACCUCAUAAAAUUUUUUGAGGUUUGAUGUAUGUCUCUGUCUUAUCGAUAAUGAGGCUUAAAAAAUACUGGAUUUGAAUGGCUGCUGUUUUUUCAAAGCAAUAGGAAUUUGAUGAGUUUGUUUUAUGCCAUUAGGUGGCGCCAGAGGUCAGAACAUGUCUAUUUUGAAUUGGAUCGUUCAAAUAGAGCAUAUUUGAUACGGAAAUUUCUGGGAGAAAAAAAAUUGAGGAAAUAAAGUUAAAAAAUUGACAUUCAUUGAGCCAAAAGAGAUGUGGAUAAACAUUUUUCACCUUUCUAUUUGGCCUGAUUAACAUUUAAAUUCUUGCCAAAAUUAAGGUAACUUUUAAAAAACGCCUUUUAUAGGUGGAUCCAGCAGUCUGGCAAUGCCCACAGUUACCACAACACAGAAAACUGAUCGUGCUAUAAAAUGGACGCUAAACUAUGAAAACAGUGUGACAUUGUUCUCUGUUCUUCCAGAGCCAGUAACAUGCUUGCUCGUGCUUUCUACUUCUAGCUGAUCAUUCUUUUCCCAACAUAUAUUUACAAAUUUACCAAAUUUUACCUAGAAUUUUAGGACCAAAUGGUUCUCACUCUUUAUGCUGCAAAGACCUGGAUGAUGUUUGGUAACUAUAGAAAAAUAGAAAUUACACUCAGGAUCACUGUUACUGCUAUUGCCACUGAUGAUUCCUGCAAAAAUAUAAUCAAAGUUUUCCAUCAAAUGUAUAAUAUGCUAUUAAUACACAUUAGAUGAUAACAAUUGUUCCAUGAAUGAUUCUAUGAAGCUAUGCAUCUUAGACCUCUUGAGCUGUGAAUUAGCACUAUUUUCUAUAGUUAUUCUCUGGAUCAUUUUAUAAUUUCCAUAUUAAUUUCAAAUAUGCUCGUGUUAUUCUUCAGUGAUUUCCACAAUUGUGCAUUUUAUUCUUUGGUUUAAGUACUGAAGCAUAUAAUGAAAGUAAUUGCUAAGUAGCAGCUUAAAAAUUCAAUUAUCAGAUUGUAUUUAACAUCUUUAAGAGCAUGAUCAUAAAGAGCUAUUUUUGACACCCCCCCCCCCACUUUUUUAACAUUUAGAGUUAAUAAGGGUUUUAUAUCUCUUCUGUCCAUAUUGUUUUCAAAGGAAUGAGGUGUUUAGGUGGAUGUAAAAGCAUUUGUAGGAAGUUAGAUUUGAAUAUAGACAAGGUGGGUUAUUCACGUUGAGAAUGUUAUUUGAAGAAUGCCUGUGAAGCCAGGUGUGGGUUCUACUCAGUGCCAUAGAUAGACUGAGUCUUCUCUCGUAGGUCACCAUUACAUAGUAAUUUUGAUUCUGAAUUUCACAUUAAAUUAUUUGAGUUUAUACAGACCUAAAUUUUAAAAUCUGUACAUAUAUUAUUUUGAUGUAUUAAGAUGAAUAUUGCUGAUUUAAAUUUUAUUUAUGCACAUACUUAAAGGACAGAAGUGUCUGGGAAAGUAAUUGUUAAAUAAUGAUAUGUAACUUUUUAACUUUUUAAAUAAAUAACAAGAUUUUUAAUGUGUGUCUCCCUCAGGGUUGUUUGAAGUUUUUUUCUCCCUCAAGUAUAAAUAGUGGUAACUAUAUGUUUUGUAUCUUCUGGCACCAACUGCUGUAAAGCAAUGCUGCAAAUAAUGCUUGAAUAAAAGUGGCUAAGCCAACAACAGAAUAAAUACUUUUAUAGUAGUUUUAUAACCUUAAAUUCGAAAGCUUUCCAAAUUGCACUUGCAUCUAAACAACACUGUUGCAUUUUUUACUCUAUUUAUUUUGUUCCCCAUGUUUAUGAAAGUCCUGCACAGUUUCAAAGGCAUGGUAAAUAAUAUAUCAAUGUUUAUGUAGUCUGUUACAGAAACAGCUAUAGAUAACAUUAUCCAGUGAAAAGCAAAAUUCAAGCUUUAGAAAAUAUUCAUGCAUGCAAUUUUGACAUAUCUAAAAAUAGGUUUUUGUAUAUUUAUGGUGGGAGGUGGUUGGGAACUUUUAACAAAAUGGGGUGUUAAUUUUUGUACAGUCUGUGGGCAUUUACACAUUUUUAAUGUAUUAAAAUUUGGUAAUUAUGUGUACAUUAAAUUAAUAAAAGUUACUUCUAGUUAUGAUUUGUGAAUUCCCUAAGACCUUGGAUUUUUUUAAGUAACUUUAUAUCAGAAAUGAUACUGCAUCUUUAUAUUUUUAAAAUUGUAUUGCUGCUCAAGAAUGGUACCCUCUUGUCAAAAAGGCAUACAUUCAUAAUUGUACAUUCAGCAUUGUAAAUAAUCUUAUGAAACCUUUUUUGAUUGAAGCUAUUCAAAAUAAAAAUUUUAAUGAAUGAAA